UCUAAGCGGCACGGCAGGCGUGAUGCAGAACGGGAGGCUUUGGCUGUACUGCCCUUUCUCUUCCUCUCUCCUGAUUCGCUGUCUGACGCUCCCUCUUGCUGGAUUCAUCCAGAUCGCUCAGGCCGAACCCCAGAGAACAUGUUCCCGGUCCACGGCGGAAAAUCUGCCCAGUGGAUGCCACCAGGUGUGCCAGUGUAGACCUCCACCAUUACUGCCUCCUCCGCCCCCUCCUCCGCCACCUCCCAGACUCGCGGCGCCUAUUACGAUCCCGGCAUGCUGUGUAGAGGAGACGUGGUGGCAUUUCCUGCUCAUCGUCCUCGCGGCUGUAGUCCUCUUUAUAGUGGUUAUUCUCUGCUACAAAGCAAUAAAAAGGAAACCACUCCACAAGGAAGAAAAUGGCACCACACGAGCUGAAUAUGCAAUGACCCUUGAAACAGCCUAAAUGCAAGAUACCAGUGUCAUGGUCGAGCAGCCCCCACACACCCUCCGAGGUAGCACAGCCAUUGAACUUUUUCUUUGGGGGGGGAAAAGACAAGCACUGCCCAAAGAUGGCUGGGCAUGUAGAUGGCAUGGGCCAUUGGCUGGAGACUUGGUCAUGCACCCGUCAUUCCGGAAAGAAUACAUGUGCAGUUGGGCAGGAGAAUCCCCUCUGUAUUUGUUGAAAGGCCAGUGAGAGCUCACAAUGGCCAGUGUAAAAGCCUAUGGCCAUUAAUGACUGCCCGCAAAGUACUGUGACGCUGGCAGGAGGAAGGUGGUAAACCGCAAAUCAGCGAAGGACGUGGACAGGAACGCCCGCAUGCGCAGAGUUUUAGUACCCGAGAUACAAACCCUAUGUUAUUUUCUAUGGGACCGCGCCUUUAAUGUUGAUGAAUACCAACAGAAUUGCAUGCACUUAAUACUUUAUGAAAGAGAACACAGCUGUGGUAUAACUACUAUGCAAUACCUCUAGGCUGACCAGUAUGGAAGCGUGAAGACAACUACAGGAUGAAUAAAUUAUUU